CAGCUCGGACGCCGCGACAUGGCCUCAGUGAGCUUUGAGGAUGUGGCUGUGCACUUCACCCAGGACGAGUGGGCUUUGCUGGAUUCUUCCCAGAAGAGUCUGUACAGAGAUGUGAUGCUGGAGACCUGCAGGAGCCUCGCUGCGAUAGGAAACAGAUGGAAAGAGGAGAAUGUUGAAGACCAUUAUAAAAAUCCCUGGAGAAAUAUGAGUGGCUCCAUGUUAGAGACCCCCUGUGAGAGGACAGACGAUCAUCAGGUUGAAGAAACUCUGACAUGGAUCGCAAACCUUCAUACAAGCAUGACAGUUUUUCCAGGACUAACACCAUAUGAAUCCCAUGUAUGUGGGAAGGCUUCGACAAGUCACUCAUCCUCUGAUAGGCAUGCCACAUCAUCUCUCCCCUGUUAUAAACCACAUGAGCAUGAGGACUGUGGGGCCAAGCAAUAUGACUUGAACUCUCUUACCAGCUUUCAAAGGUGUACAGAAGCCCACACUGGGAAUGGGCCUUGUGAAUGUGAGGUAGGCUUAAGAUCUUCCUGUUUUCCAAAUUCAUUAGGAAUACAUCAAGAGGCUCACAGUGGAAAAACACCCUAUCAAUGCAAGGAGCGUGGAAAGACCUCUGUUUGUGCACAUGGAGGAAGCCCCACUGUGGGAAAGUUUUAUGAAUGUAAUGUAUGUGGUAAAGCCUUGAGCUCCUCUGUUUCCCUUCAAAGACAUGGAAUAAUUCAUACUGAAAGACUCUAUGAAUGCACAUAUUGUGGUAAAGCUUUUAGAUAUCCCAAGUACCUUCGAUUACAUGAAAGAAUUCAUACUGGAGAGAAACCCUAUGAAUGUAAACAAUGUGGGAAAGCCUUUAGAUUUCCUGGUGCCUUGCCAUUACAUGAAAAAAUUCACACUGGAGAAAAACCCUAUAAAUGUAAACAGUGUGGGAAAGCCUUUAGAUUUCCUGGUUCCUUGCCAUUACAUGAAAAAAUACACACUGGAGAGAAACCUUAUGAAUGUAAACAGUGUGGGAAAGCCUUUAGGCGUCAUUAUCAUCUUCAGUUACAUGAAAAAAUUCAUACUGGAGAGAAACCCUAUGAGUGUAAACAGUGCGGGAAAGCCUUCAGACGGCACAGUCAUCUUCAGAGACAUGAACGGACCCAUGGUGGAGAGAAGCCCUGUGAAUGUAAAUAACAUGCUAAAGCCUUUACACUUCUUAGUUAUCUUCUGUUACAUGAAAAAAUUUAUACUGGAGAAAAAAAUGCUGUCAGUGUGAACAGUGUUGGAAAACCUUGCACUUCCAUGACAUCACUCUUAUUAGAUACAAACCCUAUGAAGUGUGUGAUGAAGUCUUUAGAUGUGCAGUUCAGUUUCAUAAAAAAUACUGCAGAGAGCUAUAUGAAUAUGGACAUUGUGGUGGAGCUUGACAGUGAUAACUCAUGCUGGAAGGAAAUACUUUGGAUGUAAAUAGUAUGGCCAAAAGGCCACACCUCGCAGUGUUCUGUUGUCGAAAGGAUUUAAAUCCUAACCUGAAGUUUCUACCCCACCUUUGCUAUUCCUGGAUGAAAUAUACACACAACCUUUAUAUUUAUAGUAAGCCUUAAACAAUACAGGAGCUGGGCAUGUGCUACUCUCCAUACUGUGGGGAUCUACUUUCCUAGCUGUAAGCCAGAGUUAUUGCUUACUACUUACAGUGUUUCAUCUGGGCUGCUCUUAACUCCAAUUGGCCAGCCCUCAGGGCUACGUUCUUCUGAUUCCUAACCCGUGGCGGCUUCUCCUUCCUCCUCCUGCACUCUUAUUUCUGCUCAUGGUCCCUCUCCGACCCUAAGCCCACAAAACCAAUGUCUCUUCUGUCCAACUAUUAACUGUUAACAUCUCUGUUUACCAACCAAAAAUAACUUGGAGACAAAGUCACUCUGUCGUCUCCGAGACAACCAAUCUUAAGGGCCCCAAGUUAACAUUAAAAUACAACAACAUUCGGUUGACCCACGACAGUGUUCUUCAGAUAGGUUAUCGCUCCUAUGUGAGAAAAACUCUACCCCCUCUCUGUAUGUAU